UUUCCCGUCCCUCAGAUCAAAGGAACCUACCUGACACUUCCUGUCCCUUAAAUGUUUCGCUUUAUGUCAGCGUGACAUUUGUGUAUCUCUGCCAUGUUUGUGUACAUCUUUCGCGUAUAUGUUUAUAUUUAUAAGACCUCACGCGCUGGAUUAUUAAUCUGACGCACGACACACUGGAUUAUAUGGGCAGCCGAGCUUCUUUAAUGGAUUAUGAAAUGAUUGUUGCGUCUCCUCAUUGAUUCACAUCAAACAGAAAGGUAUGGAUGAAGUGUCAUAUAUGGGGUCUGGCUAAGGGUCACUGUUGGCCUGGCGUCUGCACCCCAUUGGCUCAGCCUCCAGCAUGUACCGUCGAAAUGGCCUAUCAGAUGGCACCAGCAUUAAGUCUGCAUCCUCUGAGGACAGUAAGAGUUUGGUGUCGGUGGACGGGCAGACCGCUGACUACGCCAAGAGCUACGAUGCUGUCGUGUUUGAUGUGCUAAAAGUGACCCCAGAGGAGUUUGCAAGCCAAAUUACCCUGAUGGAUGCCCCUGUUUUUAAGGCCAUACAGCCUGAGGAGCUUGCUAGCUGUGGCUGGAACAAAAAGGAGAAGCACAGUUUGGCUCCCAAUGUUGUUGCCAUCACACGACGUUUUAACCAGGUCAGCUUUUGGCUGGUACGAGAGAUCCUCACCGCCCAGACGCUGAAGAUUCGUGCUGAGAUCCUGAGCCAUUUUGUGAAAAUCGCUAAGAAACUUCUGGAGCUGAAUAAUCUUCAUUCUCUGGUGUCGGUGGUGUCGGCUCUUCAGAGCGCUCCUAUCUUCAGACUGAGCAAGACCUGGGCGCUGAUAAGCAGAAAGGAUAAGGCCACAUUUGAGAAGUUAGACUACCUGACCUCCAAAGAGGAGAAUUACGCCAGAAUGAGAGAGUACAUCAGAUCACUCAAGAUGGUGUCCUGUAUCCCUUACCUCGGAAUCUACCUGCUGGAUAUAAUUUACAUCGACUCCGCCUAUCCCGCCUCUGACAGCAUCAUCGAGACACAGCAGCGGACCAAUCAGAUGAAUAAUAUUCUCCGGGUGAUCUCUGACCUCCAGAUGUCGUGUACAUACGAUCACCUCGUGGUCCUGCCCCAUGUGCAGAAUUACUUAAUGUCUGUUCGCUACAUUGAGGAACUUCAAAAGUUUGUGGAAGACGACAAUUUCAAACUGUCUUUGAAAAUUGAACCUGGGAACAGUUCCCCGCGCAUGGCCACGUCUAAAGAAGAUCUUGCAGGUCCAUCUGAGGUGUCUUUAUCAGUGCGGUAUAAUCGACGGCCGACGUGUCCGGAUGCUACAGUAGGGGUUCACAUGCCCACCCCACCACCCUCACGACACAGAAAGAGUCACAGUGUGGGCAACACUCUGAUGAUGUUUGGUGUGGUGGAGAGUAAAAGUGCCACAUUUCCCAUUGAGAAACCGCGUCAUCUGUUGGAUGAUAGUGUCCUGGAGUCACAGAGUCCAGCCCGAAACAAUCCACACAACUCAUCUGUGUCCAAUGGCAGAUCUUUAGGCAGCAGUCAGAGUUCAUUUGGUGAUGAUGUUUCUCCAGGACUUCAGAGGGGGCGCAUGUACGCCACUCUUGGCCCUAACUGGAGGCCUCCUCUUCACAACUCAUCUCGAGGUCGCGUCCAUGCCCACAGUCCAUCAGUAACCGAGUGGAGUGUAAGUCACAGAGGGUCCAGUGAUGUCACCAUCGAGGGUCCUUUAAAGAGAAAAACCCUCCUGAAGGAGGGACGAAAACCCAAGAUGUCUUCAUGGACUCGAUACUGGAUCACACUUUCUGGAUCCAGUCUGACCUUUUACGCAUCUAAAGCUCUGAGAGUCACUGACAGAAAACAUUACAAGUCAUCACCCUGUAAGAAAGUGUCAAUUCUGGGCUGGAUGGUGGUUCUACCGGAUGAUCCAGAACAACCCAACAUCUUUCAGCUGAAUGAUCCAGACAAAGGAAAUGUUUACAAGUUUCAGACUGGAGAUCGAUUCUCUGCCAUCAUGUGGCACAGGAACCUACAGGAGGCGUGUCAGAGAAAACCACCUCAGAUACCAGCAAAUCUCAUGUCGUUUGAGUAACCCGUGCAUCCCGGAGAUUAUAUUGUGCCAAAGGUCUACAAGAGGAAGAACUGAGCGUUUGGUUCAGAUGAAGAAUAAAGAAAUAAGAAUUGACUGAGCCAAACAUCUCCCGCUGUUCUCCUGAGCAUCAGUGCCCGAUCCAUGAGCCACACAUCUCAAAGAUGUUUGUUACAGACUUACAGACACAGGAAAUGAGGUCAGUGUGGUGGGAGGGGCUUUUGGAGGACACGCCCCCUCUGUGUUUUUGUGGUGACUUCAGUGCUGUGUGCCAGUAGUGAGAUGGCUGAUGUUAUGUGACAGAAGAGGUUUGAAUCUGUGAGCCAAGAAUAUUGAAUCCCUCCGAGCCGCGAACAAACAAACAAACUGAAGCCGUGAGCCGCUGAAGUUUAGCUGCGUGUUUUACAUUCAUGAUGGAUGAAGGUGGUCAACAACAGAUGCUUGUGUGUGAUGGAUGUUUGAUAGUCUGGGAUUAUUGUUUACAUCCGAGAUUCACUUUUAACCCAAAUGAAAGCUUGUUUUUGGCCCUUACGUUUUCAAUUCAAACUUUUUUGAUAAAUAAAGAGUUUGACAAGAUUACACCAGCUAAACUAUUGGAAAACUGUUUAUAAUUAUUAGAAAAAAUACAAAAAUCUGCUAUUUUUAAUAGUUGAACUUUAAGCCGUAUACAUUCGGUUCAGCUCGUAUCACAAAUAUAAAAGUGAUUCUUUUGAUUCAAGUAAAUGUUCAGAUCAGAUCUGUGUUAUAUUACACCCCAAAAUCAAAGAAAUCAAUGACCUUUUGCUUAAAAGUGACUAUUAAGAGUUUUGUUGCCAAGUAUGCUUAUUUAUUCAAUUCAUAUUACAACCAAUAAUCUCGUUACUGUAAUGUAAAAUGAUGUGUUAUGUAAAUUGUAAAGUAUUUACACUUCAUUGUAUUAUUUAUUGUAAAUGCUCAUUUAGGAAUCUGUUUAACAAUUUUGAGAAUAAAACUCAAUAACAUUUGAUCCAAAUAUAAUUUCAGAUUUUGGGGUGCAAUGUGAUCUGGUGAGUCUCACCGUACUGCUGUCAUUGAUGUAUAACAGCUCAGAUGUCUGUAGACUUGACAUUUAAUGUUGUCUGUCAGUUUUUAUAAAUGUUAAACAUCUGACAACAGCAUAUGAAGUUUGAUCUGAUAUGAAUGAAGGAACAGCAUUGCUCAUGUAGUUACGUGUAAAUGUAGUUUUUUUUCUGACUGAUGGUUUUACUGAAAUUUGUGUCUUUAUGUCUGUGCGUGUGUGUGUUUGUGUAAUGAGCUCUUAUAGAGAUUCUGUACUGUAUGUGCAACUGUAGAUGAAUGACUGCCAAUCUGUGAUACAUUUAGACAAAAAUGACACAUCAUGUCACAUAGUGAUGGCAGAAAUGUCAUUUUUGGCUGAAUUAUUUCUUUAGAGUGAAUUGGUAUAAAAUGCUCACAGUGCUGUAAUAAUGGAAAUAUUUCUAUUUCACAGUCUGACAGUGAUUUAGUUAUAUGAUAAGAGUAUUAUUUAUCAGUUUUGUCUUUUAUUUGUAUAUACCAACAUACAGAAACGGUUGAUUUAGUUUUUGCAUUAAACCCAGAGACACACGUGUACAGGUGCACUGCAUGCAAGUUUGUUUUAUUUUCUGCUGUAACUGUGAGAUUAUAACUUGAAUUGUCAUGUACAUAUAUUGCUAAAUUAUUUCUUGCCAUUGCGGUUAAUCAGUUAUAAUGUUGAGUCUACACUACAACCAUUAAAUGUCAGUGAAAGUAGCCUUA